GGCAGCAUGCAUUAAGCUUGACAUUAGUACGUACACAUGGCAGUUAGUGUUUACAUGUCAUGUCACUGCUGGCUCUGACGUCUCUUAAAAAGAUUAUGCGAUCAGUGCAGGCAGUACUGUAGUAUAGGCGUUCAGUUCUAAAGGUGCCAGCUACAGACCAAUAGCUUCGGGUUUUCAGAAUACGAAGAGAACUGGAGAAGGAAUGUGACUGCAUAGCAUAGCACCUCCAUCGCAAUCGUCAGUAUUUCAAGGAAUCCCCCAGCAGCUCUGUCAGGGUAUUGUUGCAAUCUGCUUCUUCUGAGGGGAACACCCUAAAUACGGGAUUUCAUUCCAAACUGUGACCUUGUACGCGGAGAGCCAGGCAAUUCGGGAGACAGUGAAGAAGAAAGGGAACAUAUCGGGAGUGGAAUUUCACAGCUUUUCAAUAUCCAAUGACAAAAAGGAGUUAUUCAAUGAAUAAUAUUAAAUUCCCCAAAGCUAAUAAGGAAAUACAUUUAUUUUAAAUUACCGUACCAGACCUAGACCAAUUUCUCAGCAAAUAUAUAUAUAUUUUUUCCUUCUAUCGGAUGAGAAAAUAAUUCUGUGCAUCAUGAGCACUCGUGCAGUUCCCUAUGAACACAACUCGUACAGCGCAGGCCAUGGCUCCUCAGUGAUUCAGUGUUACCGGUGCAGAGACGUCUGCAAGGGGGAGGUGGUGAGAGUGCAGCACACCCAUUUCCAUGUCAAGUGCUUUACCUGCUAUGUGUGCAGAUGUGACCUGGCCACAUCAGGCUUCUUCCAGAAGAACGGGGAGUACAUCUGCACUUCGGACUACCAGCGGCUGUAUGGGACACGGUGUGACAGCUGUGGGAACUUCAUCACUGGGGAGGUGGUUUCAGCUUUAGGCAGGACCUAUCACCCUAAGUGCUUCGUCUGCAGCGUCUGCAGGAAAGCUUUCCCCAUUGGAGACAGAGUGACUUUCAGUGGGAAAGGCUGUGUUUGCCAGCAGUGCUCUCAUACCCUGGCCAGCAGCAAUGAACCUGUGAAGAUUCAUGGGCCAAGCCAUUGUGCUGGGUGUAAAGAGGAGAUCAAACAAGGACAGUCCCUAUUAGCGCUGGAGAAGCAGUGGCAUGUGAGCUGCUUCAAGUGCCAGACAUGUGGAAUUGUGUUGACAGGAGAGUACAUCAGCAAGGAUGGAGUUCCAUACUGUGAAUCUGAUUACCAUUCCCAGUUUGGAAUUAAAUGUGAGACCUGUGAUAGAUAUAUCAGUGGAAGAGUGUUAGAGGCUGGUGGAAAGCACUACCACCCAACAUGCGCAAGAUGUGCUCGCUGCAAUAUGAUGUUUACAGAAGGGGAAGAGAUGUAUCUCACAGGAUCAGCGGUUUGGCACCCACAGUGUAAACAGGCUGCGAGGGCUGAGAGGAAACUCAAGCACAGACGUACUUCUGAAACCUCAAUUUCUCCACCCGGGUCCAGCAUUGGCUCUCCGAACCGUGUCAUUUGCGCAAAGGUGGAAAACGAGAUCCUUAAGUACAAAGAUCUGGCUGCUCUUCCUAAGGUUAAAGCUAUAUAUGAUGUUCAGCGGCCUGAUCUCAUUUCCUAUGAGCCCUAUCACAGAUACACCUCAGAUGACAGACUAGAAAGAUACAGCUAUGGGGAGUCUCUGGGAACCCUUUCACCAUACUCACAGGACAUUUAUGACAGUAUUGAUCUGAGACAGAGAAGGUCGUCCAGCCCCGGAUACAUAGACUCCCUGAGUUACAGUCGUCAGGGAAUGUCACCCACUGUGCCCCGCUCUCCUCAGCACUAUUACCCAUCAGGCACUGAAAGUGGCAGAAGCUCUCCAUAUUACAGCCAGGCCGAUGUCAGGUCUGCCACUCCCACCACGUACCAAGCUCCUAAACAUUUCCAUGUGCCAGCAGCAGCAGAGCCAAACAUCUACAGGAACCCCCCCAUCUAUAAGAGAUAUGACAACCAUCACUUUGCAGGAACGAAAAGCAAGACCAGCGAGGAUAUUUUUCAGUAUUCCAAAUUCCCAGCUGCCUACUCUCCACACCACUAUCAGCAAUCUGAAUCAGACUACUAUCAUUACUCUGGUUCUCCAAAAGCCCCAGCAGCUCGGAGAUUCUCAUCAGGAGGAGAGGAGGAUGGAUGGGAACACAGCCUCCACAGAAUCCAGAGUAGCAUCGGCAGAAUGAUUCUGAAGGAAGAGAUGAAGGCGCGCUCCGGUUCCUAUGACAACGACCCCUGGGCCAGCGCUCGCAACUCCCGCAGCGGCAGCAAGGAGACCCUGCAGAGCAUCGGAUAUGAGCCAAUGAAUGGAUCUCCCCGGUCUCACUACACAGCUGAUAGCGAUUCUAUUAUUUCCAAGUCAGCCUCUUUGCCUGGUUAUGGGAGAAAUGGCUUACACCGGCCACAAAGUGCUGAUUACUUCCAGUACGAUAGCAGCAAUGAAGUGAACUGGGGAAUGAGAGAAUACAAGAUUUAUUCUUAUGAAGCGCUAUUAGUAACCACUAGGGGGCGAAACAGGCUGCCAAAAGAAGUAGACAGAGCCAGGUUAGAGCGCCAUUUGUCUCCAGAAGAGUUCUACCAUGUGUUUGGAAUGACUAUCGCAGAUUUUGAUCGCUUGGCCUUGUGGAAGAGGAACGAGCUGAAGAAACAAGCACGGCUGUUUUAAAAGCAAACGCAUUAUUGUGUUUAAUACCUUAUACUCUUAAGAGAAUGGACA